CCUCCAGGACAUCCGACCCGCAGGUGACAUGGAAUGGACACUUUCUUACCAAGAGUUAGCGAUUUAGUGUUGUUGCUGUGGUCGGGUUUCUUAUAACUAUAUGUAUAGUCAAUGGGAUCUGUGUGUCUGUUAACACUUCCGGACUUUGCGGUAUCUACCCAGGAACUUUGAUAUUUUUCCCUUAGUAGGGAUCCUCCUGCCUGCCCAGAUGAAGGAAAACCAAGAAGGAGACCUCCUGGAAGAUGACUUCCCGCAGAAUAAUGGGGAAGUGUCAGCGGGUCAGUACAGCACCGUCUCCCCUCCUGGCUCCCCUACCGACCAGGAGGAGCCCUUCUCCACCUACUUUGCGGAGAAGGUGGCUAUUCCAGAGGAUGCCAACCAGACAUUCAGUUUCCGUAAACUGUGGGCCUUCACGGGGCCCGGCUUCCUGAUGAGCAUCGCCUACUUGGACCCGGGCAACAUCGAGUCAGACCUUCAGUCCGGAGCUAAAGCAGGCUUCAAGCUCCUGUGGGUACUCCUGGGAGCCACCAUCAUCGGGCUGCUCUUGCAGAGGCUGGCUGCACGCCUGGGGGUCGUGACUGGAAUGCACUUGGCUGAAGUGUGCAAUCGCCAGUAUCCCACUGUUCCACGUAUAAUCCUUUGGCUCAUGGUGGAGCUGGCCAUUAUCGGCUCAGACAUGCAGGAGGUUAUAGGCUGUGCCAUAGCUUUUCACCUUCUGUCUGUGGGCAGAAUUCCUCUGUGGGCGGGCGUCCUCAUCACGAUAGUUGACACAUUUGUCUUCCUCUUUCUUGACAAGUAUGGCUUAAGGAAACUUGAAGCGUUCUUUGGUGUGCUCAUCACUAUCAUGGCCAUUAGUUUUGGUUACGAGUAUGUGCUGGUGAAGCCGGACCAGCUGGAGGUGAUGAAGGGGAUGUUCAUACCGUACUGUAAGGACUGUGGUACCAUCCAGCUGGAGCAGGCGGUGGGCAUAGUGGGGGCUGUCAUCAUGCCCCACAACAUCUAUCUGCACUCGGCUCUCGUCAAGUCUCGUCAAAUCGACCGCAGUAACAAGAAUGAGGUGAAGGAAGCCAACAAGUACUACUUCAUCGAGGCCACGAUCGCCCUCUUCAUUUCGUUUCUCAUCAACGUCUUUGUGGUGGCCGUGUUUGCUCAGGCCUUCUACAACAAGACCAACAUGGAAGUGAAUUUAGCUUGCAAUGGUUCAAGCUUCCCCUAUGACAAUCUGUUUCCCUACGACAACAGAACACUGGAGGUCGAUAUUUACAAAGGGGGGGUGGUGCUGGGCUGUUUCUUUGGCCCCGUCGCCCUCUAUAUCUGGGCUGUCGGGAUCCUCGCUGCUGGACAGAGCUCCACCAUGACCGGGACCUACUCCGGACAGUUUGUGAUGGAGGGCUUCCUGAACCUGAAAUGGUCACGAUUUGCUCGGGUGCUGCUCACCCGAUCCAUCGCCAUCACGCCCACGCUGCUGGUGGCCAUCUUCCAGGAUAUCACAAAGUUGACGGGGAUGAACGACUUCCUGAACGUGCUGCAGAGCCUGCAGUUACCGUUUGCGUUGAUCCCAAUAUUGACCUUCACCAGUCUCGAGUCCAUAAUGAACGACUUUGUGAAUGGAUUGGCAUGGAAGAUCACUGGGGGAUGCAUCAUCCUGAUGGUGUGUGCCAUCAACAUGUACUUUGUGAUUGUGUACGUGACCAGCCUGGCCAGCGUUUGGCUGUACGUGCUGGCAGCCAUCGUCUCCAUAGCCUACCUCUGCUUCGUCUGCUACCUGGGGUGGCUCUGUUUAAUUGCCUUGGGGGUUUCCUGUCUGGACUUUGGCAGCAGGGUUCGGCUGGGAUUGUCAGGCCACACUGACCUCUACUUAUUGAACGAUAUGGAUGCUAAUUCCGUGUCUGAACAGUAGGGAGAGAUGUAGAGAUACACUCCGCAGCAUCCCAUGCUGCUUGGCUGUGCCAUCCUCUGCUAAUGUAUAGGUGUGAGUGAGAGGGAGCGAGAGAGCAAAUGAGAGAUAGCAUUGGAAGGAGUUCAUGCCCAGGAGUUUACUACAAGAGCUUUCAAAGUAAGAAUGUGCCUUAUGGAUUCCCAUCCAUCCAGUCACUUUACCCACUUAGUCCUGCUGAAGGGGAGGGGUGGAGCCUAUCCCAGUUGUCUGUGGGCAACAAGGCCGGAGGAUUGCCAGUCCAUUGCAGUCCUUUCGUGCAUGGGUCUCCAAUCAGCCUAACCCUUGUGUCUUUGGUGGUGGGAGGAAACCAGAGUAUCCACUGGUGACCCACGAUUAAGAGUAACCAAGAGAGAAGAUCCAACUCCACCAACCAACAUGCAGGGCUCCAGCUGGGAAUCCAACUUGAGUCUCUGCAGCUGUGAAACAAAAGUGCUAUCCAUUGAGUCAACUCACACCACAGAGAAUAGUAGAUCAGACGGGUUGUGCCAUGUGGGUCAUUUUCUUAUUAUUGUCCCAUUGUCUGUUUAUUUUGAUAUGAGAAUAUUACAUGAGGUGUGUAAUAACUGUACAGCAAAGCCAUUUUUUUUAUGAAUAUCCAAAUAUGGGCAUCCCUCACCAAGCCCGGAGCCUCUCCAUUGUGAAUGAAAGCAACAGAUUUUUAUUGUGAUGAACUUCGGUGCUGCAAUUGCGUUCCAACUGGCUGGCAUUGAGCACUUCAAAAUAGCACCAUGGACGGCAUAUCUUUGGAAAUCAAUCUGCAUCACAUGGCAAAUAAAUUAAUAUUAACGACGAAAAUAACCGUAAAUAAUCCCAAUGACCAUUUUAUGUUUAGCGUGGUUCCUGAUACUUGUCCAGUAAUUCACAUUAUUCCUUGAGUAGCGACCACCUUCUUUCUUCCCUAUUCUCAAUAUAAACAUGGCGACAUUCGUGAUUUAUUGUAUUUUUUUAAACAAAACUAAGUUGCAUCAUGUGGUGUAUUCCGGUACGAUUCCAUCCACAAGCCUUAUUUUAAGUGAGUUAAAUUUAUGUUCAUUCUUAACUAAAUUAUACGUUUUGUUUGUCAAAUUAUGUUAUUAAUUAUAUCUGCAAUUUUCUGCAGCUGUCAUUUAAAAAAAAAAACUUUAAAUGGGAAUAAUUUUUUAAGGAACUAUUGAUUGAGUUGAUAUAAAUUGGGAUAUGCAAGUAGCAAUACAUUUCUAAGGAAUUGUUAAGAAAAACAUAUUAACCCAGAGAGUGAGUCUUCAGGGAGUCCAUUCUUUUUUUUUAAUACAUUUCCUUUUCAAGUUUGAAUUUUUUUAUGAAUUCCUUUUGUGUUGUUACUUUUUUCUUAUGCUUUAUUUUUUAUUUUUUAUAGAAAACGUGAUGUGCAGUUGUACAUUAUCAGAAAACCCCCAAAAGUAUAUCUCCAUUCACAACAAUUGACCAGGUCAAUUAUUGGAUGAGUAGUCGGCCGCUGCUGCUGUUUUGAAUUAGGUUAAUGGCAUUAGAGCAAUGUUAAGUGCAAAUUACAUGGGGCACAUUUUUGUUUAGUUAACAAAAUUUAAAUAAUAUUAAGAAAAAACUUCUGUCUUCAGAUAUUUAUCAAUUCAUCUUAUAUUUACAGUCAAAUGUUUCCACACGAGUGCAGCAGUGAACUCAGAGCCGUCGUUGACAAUGAAUUUGAUUUAAAAGUUAACAGCCAUUUAGAAACAUUGCUCUUAGAAAUAUUCAAGUGGAUAUGUAACAAUCUUAACGUAAAAGCAAGAUGUAAUGAGUGUUUUAACUCAGUUUUGUAUUUGAUAUAAAUUAUUAGCCUAAGGUCAGUAGAAAUGAUAAAGUUUCUAUCAUUUUGUUUUAAAUCAAAGGGUCAUAUUUUUCAUUAUUUAUUAAUAGUAAAAAAAGGAAUACAAGAUUACAACUGCCUUUAAUCUUUGUCCUACAUGGCUUGAGAUUCUUUAUAGUAAAGUCCAAUAAGUAAAAGAAAUGAAAAGACCAAAUUUAAAAUGUUUUAUGGUUUUACAGAUGCUUACACCAUGUGUUUAUCUUGGUUAACUGAAAUGUGCAUAGAACCAGCAAUACAACCGAAAAGAAAUCUGAAAUAAAACCAAAUAUUUGUACAUGAUUGUAUCAUUU